UUACAAUAGAGACAGUUUAGUCAAAACUGCUUUAAACAGUGGACGUGUUUUAUAUACGGUUAAUUGUUCUGUUUAUUGUACAAUUCGGUUCAAUUAAAGACUGUGAUGGCAUCUAGGAUGUACUUUAUAGUGACCGUUACGCUAACGCUAUUGGCAACAAUAGCCCGAGCAAUAGAUGUGAACGUCACGGGCGAAUGGAGGCCGGAGCGUGGAUGGGAAGUGACGUGUUCCUGGGCGACCCUGCCCAACGACACGCUGCAGUCUGUGCGCCUUUACAACAACGGACAACAGUUCAUGAUCUACAGACCUGAGAAACACGGCCAUGGUCGCACGGACGUUUUUCACGGAGCCGACAAGGUGAUGACAGUGAACUGCACCACGAGCACCUACAGAGGGCAGGAGGGUCGGUGUGUUCUACUGCUGGAGCCCUACCAACCUCCUGCGGGCAACUAUAACUAUACCUGCGAAGUGUCUGGCGAGAGACCGAUGUUUAGGAUUGGGAAGAAGGAUUAUGUGAUUCGGGCUCUUGUUCCACCAUCUGAUGCGAUUCUAAUAAGCAACAAGUAUGAGGACUCGUCUCCAAAUCGUGUGAUGCUGAACUGUUCUUCCACUGGACUGCCGGCGCCAAACCUGCUGUGGACCGUCGGUGAUGAUAUGGUUCAGGCUGACUUCUCCGGUCGCAUGUGGAACCCAACGUCAAAGUUAUGGAACGUCUGGUCUUACCUCUCGUACACCAGAAACGACGACUCCAAGGUGCUGUGCAGUCCCGAAGUGACCUCUAAUAAUGAAAUUAUUAGAGGAAGACCCGCUGAGUACAAUUCUGCUAAUGGAUUGACUGGAACAGCAAAAGUAACAGCCCUAGUUUUGGCUCUUAGCCUACUGAGAUGAUCUACCUAACUACAUAAGGAUUCGAGUUGGAUUAAAUUGGACGUUUACUUAAAUGAAAACCAGGACUUUGAUAAUGACUGUAAUAUUGUUUUUAUUUCAGUAGAAUAUCGUUGUUGACUUAUGAUUUAACAUGGUGGAGUUGUACUGAAACGAUUAAUUUAUCUGUUGAAAUAAUUGUGUAGAACGGCUAUUCCGAACAAAAAUCGUGGUCCAUAGCUGUUGAACCAAACAUGACAUUGGUUAUCAAGUUAGAAUAAGGCCUCAUUUACACGAGAGAUAGAUUAGCGUUUGAGUAGGGUAAGUUUAUACACUAAAUUAAAAGGACUGAGAAGCGUAGCUUCCCUUCCACAAUAAUCCCUGCUGAAAAUCACUGCUGCUUAUAGUCCGGAUUUUUUUUACAAAAGAGUACCUUGUAAUCCGACAAAUUACAGAUCCAAAGAUAAGA